GUGAAUGCAAAACUUAUAACAGUUUUUGUUAUCUAAUUGUGGCUGUCUGAUCUACUCAGUCGAAUGUCUGAUAUAAAAUAAAGUGUAUCUAGUCGACACUUUUAUAUUUCGAUAUAUCCAAAUUCGUCAUAAUCUAAAUGCACGCAAUAGAAUUUUAAUGAUCUUCCAUUUGACAUUGUUUUUUCUAGGAAUUAUUUUUUAAUACGCACAAAGAAAAUAUAAAAGCAUUUGCUGUGCUUCAAAAUAAUAAUGCUCGAAAAUUGUUUCUUGAAAACAAUUUAGCAUUAGUUUGUAAAAUCGCAUUCGAUUGCAUGUAUGCGUGGUGUAUUGUUAUAGAUAUAAAAGAAGAAUUUUCUCUCAUGGAACUUGUUUGUCGUACAACAAAAACAAUCCAGUGGAUUCUCGAAUUAAGUCAAAAUGAAAACCUGGAUAAUAUUGAAUGUAUUAAUGUAUUCUUUCAACGACAGCGAUUUAAAAAGGAACUUUAUAAAUUUCAUCGAGAUAUUGAUAACAAAGCACGACGAAAAACUGAUGAGAAUGAAUUAGAAUUAGUACCAAAUACACAAGUUCCACAAAGUGAUGGUGAAGAAGGGACAAAAACGGGGUUUGGGUCUUAA